AUGGCUUGCAAAAGUGCUUUAUGUGAACCAUGUUUAUAUGUUGAUUUAGAAAUUGAAGCGGAAGGAUUUUGUUCGACCUGUGCAGAGUGUCUUUGUUCGAAAUGUAUUAUAGAACACAAGAAAGUUAAAUUAACUAGAAAUCAUGUAGUUACUCGAGACAGUGUACCAGAUAACGGGGACGCUAUAAGAGAAAUGAAUGAAAUGCUUGCCUGCCCCGUUCAUAAAGAGAUGAAGAUUUCAUAUAAAUGUAACGAUCACAUGACCUAUAUGUGUACCGUGUGUCGUGUAGACACCCACCUGAACUGUGAACAUGUAAUUGAAAUUGCCAAAUGUGACGGAGUAUUAGAAGACAUACAUGGCAGUCUCGCAGAACUCAAACUGUCCACAGCUUCAAUAAAAGAAAGAAAACAGGAGAACAGGAAAUUAUUGUAUCAAAGUCAGGUGGACAUUUUAAGCAAACAGGAAAUAGUCAUCCAAAAAGCCAUUAAUGCCCUUGAAGAAUUGAAAGUAAAAUUGGCAAAGGAUACAGACGAAAAGCUGCAGGUUGCCGUCUCUGAAAUCGAUAAAGACACUGAAUUAAUUGAAGUUAUCGAGCAAAGAACUGUGAAAAAUAUAGAAAUUCUUGAAGCAGUUGAGAAAUAUGGAGACAGCACAUGUCGUAAAGUUAUUGAACAUUUAUUAGCAGACGAUAUUUUGAAGAAAAGGAAUAGAGUCAAAGAUAUCGACAAACAAGAAGAAUAUAAGCUGUUGUUUAUGAAAAAUGAGGAUAGCAUUCAAACACCAUCACUUGGGACACUGUCUUUACUACGUGAAGAAAGGACAGAAGAUAAGAAUGAAUGUUUUGAGUUAGGAAUAGAGAAAACAAGCGAUGAAGUUACAGAGAUUGAAAUGAGUAGUUCACAAUCCGAGAACACAGUAGUAACUGUAACUAGCUCACAAACUAAGGAUGCAGUCGCGAGUAAUUCACAGGCAGGGAACACAGUCGUGAGUAGCUCACAGGCAGAGGCGGCAGUUGAAAAAUGUUCCCCGACUAAAAUCACUGAUGUCAAUAUUUUACCGACACAGAAUCCAGUCGGUGAAACAGAAACACGAUCUUUACCAAAUAUAUCGGAAAGUUUUUUCUUCACUGAAAAGAAUGCAUAUAGGAUAAAAGGAAGUACAGAUACCAAUCGUUGUGAAAUAUAUGGUAUAUCGAUUCUUCCAGAUGGACGUCUUGUUUUAAUUGACAAUGAAAAUUCAAAUACUAAACUUUUAUCACCUGAUUAUAAACUUUUGGAUGUAUUAAGACUGCCCGGAAGGCCGAUACGAAUGUGCUACAUAGGAGAAAAUAAACUUGCUGUCAGUUUUGGAUUAGUUAAGCGAAUCAACAGGUAUAGUGUUCUAGGAAACACUAUUUCGUAUGACGGUGGAUUUUCAACAACACUUUUCAAUCACGGGAUUGGAUUCGAUGGAAAAUGUAUUGUUGCAAUUAUGUGUGGCAAGGACUUUAGCUGCAAUAAUGAUGCAAAAAAUGAUUCAAUACAAAUAGAAUUCAGAAAUCCAUUCAGUGGAGAGAUUAAUGAUGUAAUAAGAGACUUUAAGGUUGAAAGUAACAAAGUCUGGUCACUGACCCUCCGUAACACACAAGCUGUACAAUUUAUUGGGAGUAAUGUUAUGAUAAUAGCUGAGCUAAAUCGAAUACUAUUAUUUGAACUUCGUGAAAAGUCGGGCAAGACCAUCGCUGUAGAGAAAAGUUUCUAUGUUUGCAAAGGAGAAGCUCUAAAAAAUGCUAUUGAUAAUAUUGCCACAGGUAGUGAUAGCAUUUUUGCUUGUACCUCAACCGGAAGUGUUAUACAGAUAUCUGCUUCUGACUUUAACAGCAAUAGAAUUGUCAUAUCAAACAUUGGCAAGACUAUUCGCGCAAUAGCUGUCGACGAAAAGAACGGGCGUAUAAUUCUUGGAUGUGAUGAAAAAGACAAAAUUCUUGUUUACGAAUUAAGGAGGAAAUUAUAA